AUGGCCGAAGUUCUCACAGCCGCAGAUGUAACGGCAAGCACGGCUUCAUCGUUAUCCCCUUCGGUAGUUCCCUCCAACCUCCCUCUCAUCUCCGCUUUUCUCUCUUUCGCACUCGCUCAGUUUCUCAAGAUCUUCACCACCUGGUAUAAGGAAAGGAGAUGGGACUCUAAAAGGUUGCUUGAUUCGGGUGGAAUGCCUUCAUCACAUUCUGCGACUGUGUCGGCUUUGGCUGUGGCUAUAGGUUUCCAAGAAGGGACUGCAUCGUCUGCCUUUGCUAUUGCCGUCAUCUUGGCAUGUAUUGUAAUGUAUGAUGCCUCAGGAGUUAGACUUCAUGCAGGUCGGCAAGCAGAAUUGCUUAAUCAAAUUGUGUGUGAGUUACCUCAAGAACAUCCUCUUUCCAGUGUCAGACCACUGCGCGAUUCACUUGGUCAUACUCCAUUUCAGGUUGUUGCUGGUGGCUUAUUGGGGUGCAUUAUAGCAUUUUUAAUGAGGAAAUAA